AUGUGGGUCUCCCUCAGUCUUUCGUGUUCGUAUAUCAUUGGAGCGGGAGGACUGGAUCCUGUGUCCACUAUAUCCUGGAGACUAAGGGAGGCCCAUGUCAGACUAUCCCAUAGCCUAGUAGCUACAGCACUCACUGGAGAGGUGACAGAUUCCUCUUCAAAUCCCUUUUUCCCUCAGGCGGUGGGACUCCUACAUCCUAGCUUUCUGUUUCCUUCCAGAGAAGCCAUGAAUGAAAAUAAAGAUGAGUCCAAAGAUUUCAUCAAACUGAACUAUGAAAAACUCUCUACAGAUGAAGUGUCAGAGCUGGUGAUUUCUCCAUGCUGUGGGGCUGUGUCCCUGUUCAUAGGUACUACAAGGAAUAACUUUGAAGGGAAAAAGGUGAUUCACUUAGAAUAUGAAGCAUACUCACCAAUGGCAGAAGCUGAAAUAAAGAAAAUCUGUAGAGAUGUCAGACAGAAAUGGCCUUCAGUCAAACAUAUAGCAGUGCACCAUAGACUUGGUUUAGUUCCAGUAACAGAAGCAAGUGUGAUUGUAGCAGUCUCCUCUCCACACCGAGUGGCAUCUCUGGAGGCUGUGCAAUACUGCAUCAACACUUUGAAAGCAACUGUUCCAAUUUGGAAAAAGGAGAUUUAUGAGGAGGAAUAUUCUUGGAAAGAAAACAAGGAAUGCUUUUGGGCAGAUGUGGAAAAAUAACUCCACCUCCAAAGUCACUCUACUGUGCAUGCAGAUCGGCCUUUAGUUGUAGAUACUUUACAGCAGUGGUGGGUAACCUGCGGCCCAUCAGGGUAAUCAGCUGGCAGGCCGCGAGACAGUGUUUACA